AUGGCUGUGGCCGGCAGCGACGAUGCUCCAACCACCGGAGGCCACCAUGGCGCCAGCGUGCGCCUCCACAGCUACAGACUCCCCACGCCGGCACUCACCGAGCACCUCCUCCUCGACGGCAAGCCGCAGCGGAGCGCGCACUGCCUCGGAGAAGGAGAGCUCCCCUCCGUCUGGCGCCGCCGGAAGCCCAGCGGCGUCGACUGGGCCUCGGUCCGCGGGACGUGCACGGAGUGGAUCGCGAACCCGAUGAACAUCGCGCUGGUGCUGUGGCUGCUCUGCGUCGGCGUCUCCGGCGGCAUGUUCGUGCUGCUCCUCCUGGGUCUCCUGGACGGCGCGUUCCCGGCGGCGGCGGACAGGAGCCGCUGGAUCGAGAUCAACAACCAGGUCCUCAACGCGCUCUUCACGCUCAUGAGCCUGUACCAGCACCCGGCGCUCUGCCACCACCUCUUCCUGCUCUGCCGCUGGCGCCCCGCCGACGCCGCCGAGCUCCGCGCCGACUACUGCAAGCACGGAGCCGCCGCCGCGCCGCGCCCUGGGGACCGCGCGCACAUCGCCGUCGUCGUCGUGCUGCUGCAUGUCACCGUCGUCUCCCAGUACGUGCUCUGCGGCCUCUACUGGGGGUACACCAGGACCACGCGCCCGGAGCUCGCCGAGGACAGCUUCUUCGUGCUCGGCAUCGUCGCGCCGGUCGCCGCCGCCGUGUACACCGUGUGCAGCCCCUUGGGCAAAGGCGACCAGUGCCACGAGCUCGCCUGCUCCGAACAAGCCUUGUCAGCGGCAACAAAGAUGAAUCCAACGUCAAGUGGUCACGUCGUGGUGGAGCCUGAGUGGGCCGGUGGCAUGCUCGACUGCGGCGGCGAGGCGGCGGCGACCGGGUGCCUCUCGCUGUCGUGCACGUUCUGCGUGUUCGGGUGGAACAUGGAGAGGCUGGGCUUCGGCAACGCGUGCGUGCACGCCGUCACGUUCGCGCUCCUCUGCUUCGCGCCGCUCUGGGUGUUCGGCGUCUCGGCGCUGCACAUCCACAACGUCGUCAUCGGCGACGCCGUGGGCGCCGCCGGCGUGCUGCUGUGCGUGGGCGGCCUGCUCUACGGCGGGUACUGGAGGAUCCAGAUGCGGAGACGGUUCGGGCUCCCCGGGAGCGCGGCGUGCUGCGGCUCCAAGUCGCUGACGGACUACGCGCGGUGGCUGUUCUGCUGGCCCUGCGCGCUGGCGCAGGAGGUCCGCACGGCGAGCAUGUACCACGUCGACGGCGAGGUCUUCUACUCCAAGGUCGUUGACGAUGAUGAUCACGUCGACAGCGGGCAGCCGUUGCUCGCGGUGUCCUCCAAGCAUCGUGACGUUUUCAGUGCUGCGGACACGGUUUCAGUGUCACAUGCGUCACCGGCAAAUGAUCAUCUGGUUGUUGUUCACGACGAAACGACCAUGGCACCACCUCUUCAGGUCGUGGUUGUGCAGGUGGAAGACGAGGGCAGUGUUGUUCGUCACGGGGAGACGAGCAGUUCUUCUGUUUCGUCAUCGGCGACGGCGAGCGAGGAAGAUGAUGUAUCGUUAUUGGAGGCGAAGUCGAACCGAGAAAUGGUGGAAGAUGUUGAUCAUAGUAUGUCGUCUGAUGAGAGUUGGAGAGUGGAGAAGGUGAAGAGAUUGAUCAACAUGGUCACCCUGGUGUCUCUGCUCAUUCUUUUGUACACCAGGGGGAUUGUUCUGUAG